UCCCCCUUCCAGACACGUAAUUGCUUCUUCUCAAGUAGCUAGAGCUUGAAGUCAUUGGAAAUAUUUUCCAAUGAAAAUCAUGGAUGAAUGUCGUGUAUAUGUGAAUAAUGAUUAUCCCAAACGCAGUCACAUUUACAGAAGCAUCGGUGAAUGUCGUUAUCAGACUUUUUGCAAUUAUAUUCUUUUGCCAAAAUUCACUGCAACUUAUCCAAGCAACUAAUCAUCAAAGUGAAACUAAAUCAGCAACAACUUCCGACAUAAAAACUUUGGACAGAUUACACCAACUGCGAAUCCAGAAUUUUGAUAAAAGACCUCAACAUGAUGGCAGUAAGAAGCAUGAUAUCAAUGAAACAUUAUCCAUCAAGCAAAGACCAUCGAAGAUCCAAAAAUGGAAAGAAUUGUACACAAAUAAUCUGGGCAGGACAGAUAAAUAUUUCAACAGUCAACAUAAAUACUUCACCAUCAGACCAGUUAGAUCAGAUGACAAUACAGUUAUUGUUGACGUAUGGAAAGGAUACUGUCCAACACUGAUGCCAUGGUUGAUUAAGGCAUUUAAUAGAGCUACUUACAGUACAGAAUCAAGGGAAGAAGUCAUUAAAGUGAUUUUACACAAAAGAAAAGAGCGGACUAAAAGCAAUGUUUGCAUCAAGAAUAGUUGCUGUAUUUUUUCAAGUGUUGCAUCAAUGGAACUUUUGCUAGCAUGGUUGAUGAAAGAUUAUACAUCUUUCAACUCAGCUUCAUUAUGUUGUAAUAUGUCGGUGCUCUCUUUUGAUGAGCAUAUGCUCAGAUAUGACUUGGAUAUUCCUAACAUAGAUUUAGACAGAUUUGAAACGAAUAUGGAACUUGGACAUGUACGAAUAAAAGUAAAUGUUUUUAAUGAAUUGGAGAAAGAUGCCAGCACUUUCAAUAAUUCAACUAACUUCCAUGUUAGGAACAAACGGGAUGUGUUCAUCUUCAAUUCUAGUAGAGAUUUCAACACCACUAUUUUUCAUCAAAUUUCAAUACAGAACAAUAUAGAUGCCAGUUGGGGCGUGGUAUGUAUAUUUGUUGUCAUGAUGUUUGUGAUUGUGGUUGGCUGUUGUUUGAGGAUGUUUGACGUGAAGCAGAAUACCAAAGUACAUUUCCAGUAUCAUGACGGGAUUCAUCUCAUGUAUGUGAAUGAUCUGAUACGACGAAAAGCAAGGCUUUUGCCAAUGUUCCAGUCUGCCUGGAGACAGCACGAUGAAGAAAUAUUAUUCCAGCGAGGAAGAAAAGGUCAGGUGCCUUUGGCGUCGGUUGUUGAAGAAGAUGAGGGGAACCAAGUAGAAAAUUCCAGUGAGGAGGAACAGUAUUUAGAUUAUUAACAGACAGUAUUAGUGUCAUAUAUUUCACAAAUUUGGCUUGGAGUACUUAAAACAGUUCUGUUUACCUAUGUACCGGUAUGUAUUUACCGUACAUUCAAAAUGCUUUGUGAACUUGAUUUCAAAAGAGAAGGUUAAUGGUGCUAUCCACAAGGACGGCAAACAUUCCGAACCCACAGUCCAAAUAUACCCGGUAUAUAUAUAUAUGUUUAUUGGAUUGUUGGGUGUCAUGGAUGUCCCUGUGGUAUUGUUGUACCUUUUAAGUUCUUAAUCCGCUCUUACUGGUACUCUUAAACAUAUGUGUGUCAGAGUUUUGGAACUACAAAGGUUUAUUGAUUUAAUAGAAAGUUAAAAAUGAAAGUUAUGAAUGUUAAAAAGAAGACAACAAAGUACAUUCCAUUUGAUUACUCUUAUAACAAAAUUCUACAUAUUAAUUAGAUUCUAAUUAUAAGAGACCUGGAUAAGCUUACCUACCUGAGUAGUCUAAUACUUCUAUAGUUUGUCAUCAAAAGGUAAACAGAGGGAUAACCUUCAAUGUCAGAGGAACUGAAGGAUAUUAACUGGAACAUAAAAACAAACUGAUAUUUUCCUAUUUGCCUUUUUACAAUUUCACAUAAAAUCCUAACAGAUAAUUACAAUGCUGAAACAAAAUCAUUUUCUUUUCUUUUUUAACCAGAACCUCUGAGUUUCAGCUGUUCAACUUGUUUUUGUUCUGUUAUACACCAUGACCAUGUCAUAACGGAAUCAAGCUUCC